AUGCGAGGUCGGACAAUGCCAGCUGCUCCGAGAAAGCAUCUUCUGUUGGCCACUCCGCGUCCACAGCAGCUUGAGCGCAUGUUGCCGCAAGUUGCGCAGAUGGGCGUCGCUACAUUGCUCUUGUGUGGUGCCUCCAAAGUGGACCCGAAGUAUUUCAGGAGCCAUAUCCUGCAAAUGCCCUUCCUGAACAGAUGCCUGGCCAAGGGAUUGGCAGCAGCGCGGGACACAACCAUGCCGAAAGUGGUAGUCCAGCCAAACCUUCAGGAAUUAUUGUCGCAACUUGACCACCUUCUGCCGCGCGACCAGGCUUUGCGCCUGGUGGGGCAUCCAAGUGGUGCACAGCUACUUGAGCUGAGCCCUGGCGAGGCCCGGACUCAGGGGCGACGCGAGGUACUAGUUGCAGUCGGGCCAGAAGCCGGCUGGAGUGAAGAUGAGCCGUCCGAGUUGGACAUGCUGUCAUCUGCUGGCUUCCAGACCAUGUCGCUUGGACAAAGAAUCCUGCGAUCAGACGUGGCCACCACCACACUCCUGGCCCUUGCCGAGCAGAUGCUUCCGACGUGA